CAUAAUCAUAGUUGAUUCAUUUGUUAGAAUUUACUUAAAGGAAACGCAGAGAUUUUUCUUUUCCUUCUCUCAUAUUCCAGGAGCUGUUCCUGCUUAACAACCCAAUGUCUCAUAAUGGAGGCUGGGCUUUUUCAGCUCUCUCAUCCUCUACAAAGUAAAAUCCCUCCCCCUGAAGGGACAGUGUCCGCGUUUGUGUUUACAGGGCUCAGGAGGAGGACGCGUUUUCAGAGUGGACCUGAAACCGAGCCAACCCCCUUCUCCGGCCCCCCUGUGUUGCGAUUGGCCCAUCCCGGAGUCUGGCUGCUAGCGCCUUUUUAGUCACCGCACAGGGAAAUCUUUCUGCAAUUAGGCACCAACUUGCCCGUUUGUUCUCAUGCUGUUUGUGUGGGGAUUAGCCGUCGUGCCGGGGCUGGGAAUGCAGCGAGGGCUGGUCGACAUAUAAUCCAGGAUUUGACUCUGCUUCGCUGGUUAUGGAAAGCAGAUGUCUCCCUGCUCUGGAACUGAGCACAGAAUGGAUAUGACCAGCCAGGGGGCCUUCUGGAACCGGCGACCCGAAGUGAAGGCCCCUCAGAAUCCAGCCAGGAGGCAGACUUUGUUCCUCUUAACUGUUUUUACUACUUGAAUCAAUCGCUCGGUAAAGCAGUUUCACCUUCAGAUAACAUCUGGCCGCAGGAGCGCGGCUGCGAGGGAGGAGAAAGGAGGCGGAGAGCAGCGGGCGCCAAGGCCCGGGUCGCCCGCCCGCUGCCCGAUGUCGUGAGCGAGCAACCGGCGGCCCUGGCUGCGGGCGCGGCGAGGCCGGAGGCGGGGUGGCCGGCCGGCCCCUCCCGAGCGCGCGUCUGCUCCGCGAGGACCGCACCGUCUCGCACAGCAGCGUGCAGGGUCAAAGACAGCCGGCCCCCCAUGUCAGUGGUCUAGGAUGGCCAGUGAAGGCACCAACAUCCCAAGUCCUGUGGUGCGUCAGAUUGACAAGCAGUUUCUGAUUUGCAGUAUAUGCCUGGAACGGUACAAGAAUCCCAAGGUUCUCCCCUGUCUGCACACUUUCUGCGAGAGGUGCCUGCAGAACUACAUUCCUGCCCACAGUUUAACCCUCUCCUGCCCCGUGUGCCGCCAGACCUCCAUCCUGCCCGAGAAAGGGGUGGCCGCACUGCAAAACAACUUCUUCAUCACGAACCUGAUGGACGUGCUGCAGCGAACUCCAGGCAGCAACAUCGAGGACUCUUCCAUCCUGGAGACCGUCACUGCUGUGGCUGCAGGAAAGCCCCUCUCUUGCCCAAACCACGAUGGAAAUGUGAUGGAAUUUUACUGCCAGUCAUGUGAGACCGCCAUGUGUCGGGAGUGCACUGAAGGGGAACACGCAGAGCACCCCACGGUCCCGCUCAAGGACGUGGUAGAGCAGCACAAGGCCUCGCUCCAGGUCCAGCUGGAUGCUGUCAACAAGAGGCUCCCAGAAAUAGAUUCUGCUCUUCAGUUCAUCUCAGAAAUCAUUCAUCAGUUAACCAACCAAAAGGCGAGCAUUGUGGAUGACAUCCAUUCCACCUUUGAUGAGCUCCAGAAGACUUUAAAUGUGCGGAAGAGUGUGCUGCUUAUGGAACUAGAAGUCAACUAUGGCCUCAAACACAAAGUCCUGCAGUCGCAGCUGGAUACCCUGCUGCAGGGGCAGGAGAGUAUUAAGAGCUGCAGCAACUUCACAGCGCAGGCCCUGAACCACGGCACGGAAACGGAGGUGCUGCUGGUGAAGAAGCAGAUGAGCGAGAAGCUGAACGAACUGGCCGACCAAGAUUUCCCCUUGCACCCGCGCGAAAACGACCAGCUGGAUUUCAUCGUGGAAACCGAGGGGCUGAAGAAGUCCAUCCACAACCUGGGGACCAUUUUAACCACCAACGCAGUGGCCUCGGAGACGGUGGCCACGGGCGAGGGGCUGCGGCAGACCAUCAUCGGGCAGCCCAUGUCCGUCACCAUAACGACCAAGGACAAAGACGGCGAGCUGUGUAAAACCGGCAACGCUUACAUCACGGCUGAGCUGAGCACGCCCGACGGCAGCGUGGCCGACGGGGAGAUCCUGGAUAACAAAAACGGCACCUACGAAUUCCUGUACACCGUCCAGAAGGAAGGGGACUUCACCCUCUCUCUGCGGCUCUACGACCAGCACAUCCGGGGCAGCCCGUUCAAGCUGAAAGUCAUCCGCUCGGCCGACGUGUCUCCCACCACCGAGGGGGUGAAGAGGCGCGUCAAAUCCCCGGGCAGCGGCCAUGUGAAGCAGAAAGCUGUGAAAAGGCCCGCGAGCAUGUACAGCACCGGGAAGCGAAAAGAGAACCCCAUCGAGGACGACUUGAUCUUUCGAGUGGGUACCAAAGGAAGAAAUAAAGGAGAGUUUACAAAUCUUCAGGGGGUAGCUGCAUCUACCAAUGGAAAGAUACUAAUUGCAGACAGUAACAACCAAUGUGUGCAGAUAUUUUCCAAUGAUGGGCAGUUCAAAAGUCGUUUUGGCAUAAGAGGGCGCUCUCCUGGGCAGCUGCAGCGGCCCACGGGAGUAGCUGUGCAUCCCAGUGGGGACAUAAUCAUUGCAGAUUAUGAUAAUAAAUGGGUCAGCAUCUUCUCUUCAGAUGGGAAAUUUAAGACAAAAAUUGGAUCAGGAAAGCUGAUGGGGCCCAAGGGCGUUUCUGUGGACCGAAACGGGCACAUUAUUGUGGUGGACAACAAGGCGUGCUGCGUGUUUAUCUUCCAGCCCAACGGGAAAAUAGUCACCAGGUUUGGUAGCCGAGGAAAUGGGGACAGGCAGUUUGCAGGUACACUCGACGGUCCCCAUUUUGCAGCUGUAAAUAGCAAUAAUGAGAUUAUUGUUACAGAUUUCCAUAAUCAUUCUGUCAAGGUAUUUAAUCAGGAAGGAGAAUUCAUGUUGAAAUUUGGCUCCAAUGGAGAAGGAAACGGGCAGUUCAAUGCUCCCACGGGUGUAGCAGUGGAUUCAAAUGGAAACAUCAUCGUAGCAGACUGGGGAAACAGCAGGAUCCAGGUUUUUGAUGGGAGUGGAUCCUUUUUGUCCUACAUUAACACAUCUGCUGACCCACUCUACGGCCCCCAAGGCUUGGCCCUCACGUCAGAUGGCCAUGUUGUGGUUGCAGACUCUGGAAACCACUGUUUCAAGGUCUAUCGCUAUUUACAGUAAUGAUGGUCAGUAAUGAUGGACAACCCUUACAAAGGUCUUGCACUAUAAACUGGAAAGAAUUUCUCGACGCGGGACCAGAUUAUGACUAAACUUUUUAUGCUAGAAAGAAUCAUUGGUGAAUUUUCCAAGGUUAUUUCUGAAUGUAACAGUUUCCUUAAAAACUGCUUAUACAAUUUCCAUAAUUCACCUAUGGGGUUUAAAAAACAAACCUCUUCUACUGAAUCUGUAAAAACUGCAAAUUUUACAUCUGUGAACUAUGGCUUAAAGGACAAGAUUUAUGUAGUUAAACUAAUUUUGCAAAUCAAGCAAACAUCUAAAAAAACUAGAAUAUGUAAAGGUAUUUGUUGAUCCUGUGAAUGGUAGCUUUUGCACAGAGCUUCCAAAAACAAAACAAAAAUAAAAUCUGUUGUAGUUAUAUACUUUAUUCAACCUAGGUCACCAGACCCAGGGAGUCUUCUAACCUCACUUUUACAGUAGGUUAUUAUACUUGUGACAUUUUUUUAGUCAUCAACAACUACAUACAUACCUUAGAGAAAGUAAGACACUCUUGCAAAAUCCUCCCAGCUCUGAUUUAGCAGGCCUCUUGAGUUUAGCACUUAAGAAUCAAUGCAAAUUUCCAAGCCUUUCUGGGUUAGACAAAGAUUCUUUUUGUGUGUUUUUUUCCACCACCUCCUUCCUGUGAACCUAGUGUCAGAAAACAAAGUACAUCUUCAGGAAACCUGGAAUUCCUAGUGCUUUGAAAAGCAUAUUACAAAAUAAUGCUACCUUUUGGUAAACAAACUGCCCCUUUAACUCCAGAUUAAUGCACUGGAAUGUAAUCAAGAAAAAGUUUUAUGUGCCAUGUUUUCACACAUGUCUCUCCUCUUCCACUUCAUGAAAGCAAAAGCUUUAUCUUCUGCAAAAUGUCAGCACAUUCAGUAGGACACCAGUAUCCUAGGACAGAGAGCCAUAAGUAGCCCUUUGGAGGACUGAUGGUGUCAACCAAAGGCAUGUGAUUGAUUAAUGAUUCCCCUUAGAAAGCAGGUGUUACCAAAGUUGUGUUAUCUCGAAAGCAUUACAGGUAAGGGCAUGUUAUGGUUAUUUAUCAUUGUUUAAUGAAUAGUAGAGGUGUUAAAGGACUAUGUAUACAUGAUUAGGGUUAAGAUAGAAUGUAUUUUAUAUAUAUAUAUGUAUAGAACUGAAUCUUCGGUGUAUUGAAAUAGGCAGCACUCUGAAAGACAGAAGUAUCGUCCAGCCAUUCUUCAGCACAUUCCUUUACUACAUAGUUUAAAGCCGUCCUCGUGGAGCAAGCCCUAAAACAGAUUUAAUUUUUGCCAUUUUCCAGGAAUGAUGGUAAUGGAUGACUUUUGGUCAGAAAAUGACCUUCUGUGCUUUCCAAAAAAAGAAAAAAAAAAAAAAACAGGUCAAAAGAAAAGUUGAAUUUCUUUUUCUUUUUGGAGACAGGGUCUUGAUCUGUUGCCAGGGCUAGAGUACAGUGGCGUCAUCAUAGCUUAUUGCAACCUCAAACUCCUGGGCUCAAGUGAUCCUCCUGCCUUGGCCUCCCAAAGUGCUAGGAUUACAGUUUGAGCCUGGCUGAAAAGUUGAAUUUGAGUGACAUUUAAUUUAAAUAUAAAUGCAUUUUGAGAAAUAUUAAGAACAAUUUAAUAAAUUGUUAAUCUGUCAUUGGUACUGUACUAUAAGAUGUGGUCUUUUUCCACUGUUUAAUUUUCUACUCAGUUCUACCAAAUAGGAUGUCAAGUUUGGCAUUUUCAGUAAUGACUUUGGGAUCUUUUUCACUGAAAGCACCUUAGAACUGUACUAUAUGAAAACAUUUCCCAUAUGUAUAAUUAUAUGAAUGUGAUGUUUAUUGCUUAUUAAUUUAUAAUUCAGUCAUUCUCUAUAUAGGACUUAUAAAAAUUAGAAGAGAAAUCUAGCUACUUCCAACUGUCUAUUAAACUGAUUAUGUGCAAAUUAACCUCUGAAAAAAAGUUUUUCAGGCAUAUUUAGAUUUAGUUGUUUUUUUUUUUUUUUUUGAGACAGAGUCUGACUUUGUGGCCCUCAGUAGAAUGCUGUGGCAUCAUAGUUCACAGCAACCUCACAUUCUUGGGCUCAAGAGAUCCUCUUGCUUUAGCCUCCAGAAUAGCUUGGGACUACAGGUACCCGCCACAACACUGGGCUGUUUUUUAGAGAUGGGAUUUUACUCUUGCUCAGGCUGGUCUCCAAUUCCUGAGUUCAAGCAAUUCACCUGCCUUCGCCUCCCAGAGUUAAGAGUUUUAAAAAUUAUUUGAGGCUUGGCACCCGUAGCACAGUAGCUACAGCACCAGCCACAUACACUGAGGGUAGCGGGUUCAAACCUGGCCCGGGGCAGCUAAACAACAAUGACAACUGCAACAAAAAAUAGCCGGGCACUGUGGCAGGUGCCUGUAGUUCCAGCUACUUGGGAGGCUGAAGCAAGAGAAUUGCUUAAGCCCAGGAGUUUGAGGUUGCUGUGAGCUGUAACGCUACAGCACUCUACCAAGGGCAACAUAGUGAGACUCUGUCUCAAAAUUAAAUAAAUAAAUAAAAAUAUUAUUUGAGCCUGUCUAUGACAAAGUUAUAAAAUUCAACAACAUUUUUAUGUUAAACUAAGACACUGUUUUCCUAACAUCAGUGAAAUUAAGUGUUUAAUUUUAAACAUUCAUAUUUACUGAUUGCCUACUAGGUCCAAACACUCCUUUGAAGCACUGAGGACAUACUGAUGGAUAAAACAGAUAAAAGUCCCUGCCUCUGGGUGGCGCCUGUGGCUCAGUGGGUAGGGCGCCGGCCCCAUAUACCAAGGGUGGUGGGUUUGAACCUGGCCCUGGCCAAACUGCAACAAAAAAAUAACGGGACGUUGUGGCCGUGGCCUAUAGUCCCAGCUACUCAGGAGGCUGAGGCAAGAGAAUCGUCUAAGCCUAGCAGCUGGAGGUUGCUGUGAGGAGCUGGAGGUUGCUGUGAGCUGUGUGACCGCCAUGGCACUCUACCGAGGGUGAUAAAGUGAGACUCUGUCUCUACCAAAAAAAAAAAAAAAAAUUCCUGCCUCUGUGGAGCUUACAUACUGGGGAGGCAGUUUCAUUUUGCGAUUUACUAAAAUUCUGCAUAAAAGAUAAACUAGGCUCUUGAUAGUUCUUAGACUGUAAAAGAAAACUUUUCAAAAUUGGUUAAAUUAAUUUUAGUUUAUUUGCACAAGAAAAAAGUGGCUUCCUAUUUAGAUUGUGUCACAGGCUAUUAAUCUGAAAACUAGUUUACUUAAAGAGGUUUUUUUUGCACAAUAUUUAAAUUACAUUUGUGAACUUAGGAAUUAACUUACAAACUUAGCCAUCCAUCAUAUAUCAUAUCAGGCUAGAUAUCUCAAUAGUAAACUGAAUACAAAGCUAAUUUUUUUUUUUUUUUACAUGUCAAUAUGGGCACAAACUGGAAUGAAAAAAUAGGUUGGUUCAGACCUGUUCUACCAUCUGUUUCUAAAAUGCAUGCUGUGGGCACUCCAGGAAACACUAUAUUUUUACCCAAAAAAUCCAUGUAAUCAUAAAUAUAAUAAGUAACAUUUCACAUUUGGAUACAUAUGUGCAUUUACUGUACUUUUUGGUAAGCAUAUUUUGGGGAGAAAGUGCUGCUAAGAUACAAAUAGACAAGAUUUAAAUGAAAUUUUGUCACAGUCUAUGGAAAAUGGUUUCUGGUAAACUGAGAAGGAUAUUAAAAUAAGUGGCUUUUUUCCAGGCUACCAUUGUUUGAUUUCUUUGUCAAGUGUAUAGAACCUGUCAUACAUUCAUGAUAAGUAGCACUGAAAAAUAACUUGUUCAGACUUCCCCUGGGCACUUACGGCAAAAUAUUGCUGGUUUAAGAUUUGAGGGUCAGUGGCCAUGCGUUCCCUGCCAAUACAGAUGCCCCCUGCUGGACAUGGGGAGGCAGGGAGUCACUUGACCAUCCAGAAUACAAAGCCUUUAUGACUGUUUACCAUUUUUUUAUGUGAUACUUAGAAUUUUAAUCAAACUUCAAUCUCCAGAACUAAAGAAAUUCCCAAGUUUCCUAUUUUAAUUUACUCCUGACUAUAGUUGAGGCAAAUAAAUACUCCAGAUCCAUGUAAUUAGAACACCCUUGCUUCCACUACUAAUAUACAGGGUAUAUCAUCCUACCAUGGAGUUAACUGGAAUAGCAGUGCACUAGCAAGUAUCUGUGGAUCCUUAAUGCUAAAUGGCUAAUCUGAAUGCUUUGGUAAUACCUACUGAGUUAACUGGAGGAAAUAACAAAUGACAUCAGGUAAACUGCAGAUUACAUUAAAUGGGAAAAAUCUUUUUGUACAUUUGGACUCUAUAGUAUCCUCUCUAUUCACCAGCUUCUGAAAAGGGAGGAGUGUUUUUAGUUUAAUUUAAAAACAAGACCUUUCAAAGUAGGAUAAAAUUGAAGCUAUUUGAUGCAAACAUCUAACUUUGCUUAAAACCGAAAAUCGUAAUACAGUUGCUUUCUGUAAAUGUUGCAGGGUUUUAAAAUUUACGAUUAUUUUAAUAUUUUUAUAACUAGGAAUCUAGUAUCGCCAUAAAGGAAACUAAGUGCCCAUUAAAGAUUUGUUUGGUAUAAAUAAAUAAAUUUUUGUUUUGUUUUAAAUGACAGUAAGCUACAAAUCAUGACUCUAUCUUAAAAACUUUCUAAAGAUGAAUUGUGUGGCAGUGAUUGUGUGGUCUGUUUGUGGAGAAUGUAUGAAAGCUAUUAAUUAAUAUUCUAGAAUAGAUUAAUAAAUUGGCUAUGUUGUUCCAAUGAAUGUACAGCACUUCCAUUAACUUUUGAAAGCAACACAGCCUUAAACUCAGUGCUUUUGCUUUAUGACAUGGGAAUGUUCUGUCAUCAAUGGAGUGUGUUCUUGUAAUAAAAUUGUUUAUAUCAUUCUCAAUUCUAUAGCCUUUCUAUCCCAUGUAUGAAUACAAAGGGGUUUUUUUUUGCUUUUUUUUUCUUUUUAGAUUUGGUACAUUCCAUCUUUAUAGUUCUGUUUCAUGUUUUGUGUAUAGAAUACUAAGUCUUGCACUCUCUGACAUUGAUACUAAUCAAUUCUCAUCAUUUGUUCUUCUAUGAAUCAAAAUGUUAACUGCCUAUUUAAAGAAAAGAACGCUGUGCAUCAAAGUGUUUGUACGUUCGUAGCUACAUAUGUACCACAGUAUUUUGGAUGCUUUAGUCUACAAUAAAACUUUAAUUGUCUUGAAACACAGGAGAAACAAGAUUCAUGUGUAUCUUGACCAUGCACAAAAUCUCAAAUCAUUAUAAUAAAGCUUGUUUUCUCC